AUGAUUUUUCGGAGAGAGAAAUCCAAGUCCAAUAUUGCUCUCGUUUCAUUCUACACAAGUGAUUAUCAUGAUAUUGGAUCCAUAUCAACGAUCAACAAAUUAUUUUAUGCCUACAAACAUGGCUAUGACAUGAUUGUCUAUCAACAACCAUUUUACAAAAACUCCAUCUUCAUCAAACCAGCUUGGAAUAAAAUUCCAAUGGUUGAAGCACAACUUGAGAAUUAUGAAUGGGUGAUUUGGAUUGACUCGGAUGCAAUCAUUUUGAGACAUGAAUUGACUUUAGAAGAUAUCAUUGAAAUUUCGAAAAAAGCCGAUUGGAGAAAAAAAGAUCACAAAAUUGAUUUAAUAAUUUCCUAUGAUAUUAAUGCAGGAAUUAAUAGUGGAAUUUUCUUCAUGAGAAAUUCAGAAUGGUCACGAAAUGUAUUGAGACGAGUGCAAACUUCGUGGAAAUAUUUACCUUACUCGAUGCAUUGGUAUGCAGAGCAGACACCAUUCACCAUGGAGAUUAAAUAUGGUCUCGAUGAGCACGUGCGAGUGACCUAUAAGAGAGUCUUGAACGCCUAUUUAAAGGACUAUUCAGAAGGUAUUGCUUAUAUCAUGCACUUGGCUGGCUGCCCAAAACAAAAGCCAAAAUAUUGCUCUGGCAUUAUGCACGAAUUUUAUGAGAGAUGGAAGACCAAUAAUGUGACCAGUGUGAGUGAUCGACAAUUAUUACGAAGAGCUGAGAAAGAUUUUGAAUUAUUGAUGGAGAACAAGUAA